AUGACUUUAGUAGCUAUAGGGGCGUGCUACCUUGACACAAUUCUAACAGCACCCCAUUACCCUGGUGAAGACGAGAAGCUUCGUGCGUCCAGAAUCAGUCGCCGGCGUGGCGGGAACUGCCCAAACACUCUCGAGGUUCUCGGCCAGUUGUUACAAUAUAGGCCGUCGAGUGCCGAAUCAUCCCUGAAUCUCAUCACAAUCCUUCCCUCCAAAACAUCGUUGGCGUCUCGAGAAAUACAAUCAAGCUUAGGGGAUAUGGUUCGGCUAGAUAGCUGCAUUUACCGAGAGAGAUUCAGUGAGCCAGCUUCUAGUUACAUAAUUAUGAGCCAGGCGACCGGUAGUAGGACGAUCGUCAAUUACAACGAACUACCUGAAAUGACCUGCAUUGAGUUCGCGACUGCCAUUGAGCCCCUUCGUACCGUAACUGAUCGGCCCUGGUUUCAUUUUGAGGGUCGUGCACCAGAUGUAACAUUAAAAUGUAUUCAUUAUAUCCGGGAGCAUUUCCCAGAGGCUGAAAUCAGUGUUGAGGUGGAAAAGCCGGGCCGGUCAGGCCUGCAGGAGCUUGCAGAUGCGGCAGAUGUUGUUAUCUACUCGAAGGGCUGGGCCCAAAACAAUGGAUAUACAUCCGCUGAGGAUUGCUUACGGGAUCAAUCAUUGAAGAUAAGCCGAGCAGCCUUGCUGUGCUGUACUUGGGGCCAUGACGGGGCUGCAGCACUUGAACCAAAGACUGGCAAGUUUGCUCAUGUCCCGGCGCAUACUGAAGAAGUGGGGGUCGCCGAUACUAUCGGGGCAGGAGAUACAUUUAAUGCUGGCUUGCUGUACGGUCUCGUCUAUCGGAGUCACGACUGGGAUUUCCGAAAGAGGUUAGAAUUUGCAAAUCUUCUUGCCGGCUUGAAGAUCACCCAAGAGGGCUUUGCAGACCUGCAAAGAGCGUUGAACUUUCCGUCAUAUUGA